UUAAAAUUUUUUACUUAUUUUUAUUCAAUGACUUCACUUAUCAAACAACAAGAUAUUAAUUACAUAUCAGAACUUUUUUUUAAAAAUUAUCAACAAUUACCAUCAAUAAUUGAAGAUGCAAUGGAUUGGGCACAUUGUAAUGGAUUAAUUUUUAGAACAAAGGAACAUAAAGACAGAAGUGACAUUUGCCAAAUUGCACCAUUUUCUCUUCUUCCGUCGCCUUUUCCGAGAAGAUUAUUUGAUCAAGCAUUGUCUGUACAAAAGGCCUUAAAUCUUCUUUAUUUUAAAGUCUCAUGGGAUUAUGAAUUUUUAAAACAAGCACAUCAACAAGUUAUAAAAUCGGAUGAAUUUACUCGUCGUUUAAUGUCAAUUCUUGAUGUUGUUUACAAAGAAGGUAUAAAACAACCAAUUACUUUACUCACUCAAAGAGCUGAUUAUAUGUGCCAUUAUGAUGGAAUACUUACAGAAAAUGGAAUAAACUUUGAUAAAUUUCAGUUAAAACAGAUUGAAGUAAACAAUAUAGCGGUCAGUAUGGGUGGACUUGCUGAAAAGACAACUAAACUUCAUCGACGUGUAUUUAAGAAAAUGGGAGCGAAUGUGCCAAAUAAUGAUGUUAUACCGUUAAAUGAACCAAUUAAAACACUCUGUGAUGGACUUUACAAUGCUUGGAAACUUUUGUCUAACCCUCAUGCGGUUUUAUUAAUGGUCGUUGAAAAAAAUAGUCAAAAUCAAUUUGAUCAACGCGCUAUUGAAUAUGGAUUGGAAGAACUUUCAGAAGGGAAAAUGAUUAUUAUUCGAUUGACUUUUGUGGAGUGUGCUGAAAGACUUGUGCUGGACGAAAAAACUUUUAAUCUUCUUCUUGGCGAUAAAACUGUUGGGAUUGUUUACUUUCGUACUGGAUAUUUACCUGAAGAUUAUGUUUCUGAAAACGCCUGGAAUGCUCGACUUUUGAUGGAACGUUCUACAGCUAUUAAAUGCCCUUGGAUUGGAUUACAAAUGGCUAAUACAAAGAAAAUUCAGCAGGUUUUGAGUUGCUCUGGUAUAUUGGAAAAAUACUUGGCUUGCCCAAAUGAUUUGGAAAAUGAUGCUGUACAAAAUCCACAAAAAUAUGUCUUAAAACCUCAAUUGGAAGGAGGAGGAGGGAAUUAUUUUGACAAAGAAAUAACUGAAAAAUUGUCAAGUUUUACUUUUGAGACGCGUGCUUCACAUAUUUUAAUGCAAAGAAUUCGGCCUUUAAUUGUUAAGAAUUGCUUAAUUCGCCCAUUUGAUGAUGACAAUUCUAAAAAAUUACAAAAUGUAGUUAGUGAACUUGGAAUUUAUGGUUCUUUAAUUGGAAUUGGUGGAAAAGAAGAGAAAGUUAAAUUAAAUUCAGUUGGUGGCCAUAUACUUCGAACAAAAUUAGAAAACGUUAAUGAAGGUGGAAUAGCCGUUGGUGCUUCUGUUGUUGAUUCUCCAUUUCUUUUUUAA